AUGCGCCCCUCUAGUCUCUGGCUCUGGGCCUCUCUGGCGGCCCCAUCGCUUGCCGUCCAUGCUCCAUGGAAUCUUGGAAACGGCUUUGAGCUGACCGUCAACAACAGAACCAACCGCCUGUCGAUUGUCCAGGAUGGUCAGACUAUUUGGGACACGGUGCCGGGUCACGGAUUCUUGAGUGCCAGCGGGGGAGAUGACGAGGUCAUCGCCGCCAAUGGAAACUUCAAGAUCAACGAGGUCGACCAGGACAAGUGCAGUGGUCAAAAGAUUGCCAAUGUCUCUCUUCACCCGCGCCACGGCAGCGCCAAUGGCCAUGCGGCCAUCAUUGAAGGCCAGCUCACCGGCUGCGGGGAAGCGAGCGUCGACUACUCCGUCGCAUUCUGGGUCCCGUCUCAAUUCCCCGACCGCAUUGCUUUCAACGUGAAUGUCAACCCCGGAUCUUCGUCGGAUGCUGCCACGAAGGUCUUCCUCACCUACCGGUCCUCGCCCAAUGAGGACUUUUAUGGUCUCGGUGCUCAGGGAUCUUUUGCCUCAUUCAAGAACCAGUCUGUCCCCAUCUUUUCCCGCGAGCAAGGUGUCGGUCGUGGCGAUCAGCCCACUACCCGCCUGGAGAGUAAGGAUAGCUUCUUCGCCGGCGGAGACCGGUUCACGGCUUACUCGGCCAUUCCGCAAUACAUCAGCUCUGAGGCGAGGGUGUUCCACCUGGCCCAGGAGAGCUCCGCUUACACCACUUUUGACUUCACCAACUCCAGCGCAGUCACUGUGCGCUACGAUGCCUUGAAUGUCGACGGCUACUUCAUGCAAGCAAAGGAUAUGCUCAAUGGAAUUUCCAUGCUUACCGAGUACACCGGUAAGAUGGUCGCGCUGCCCAAGUGGGUCGACACCGGUGCCGUGCUUGGUAUCCAGGGUGGACAAUCCAAGGUCAACCGCAUUGUUGACCAAGGACUGAAGCUCGACUGCCCGGUCGCUGCCGUCUGGCUGCAGGAUUGGUCCGGUACCCACUCUCAAAGUGUGUCUUACAUGUCUCUGAAUGUCUCCCGUCUGUGGUGGAACUGGGAGAACGACGCCAAGCUGUACCCGACCUGGAACAAGUUUGUCCAGAGUCUGCGCGACGAGCACAACGUCCGAACUUUGGCAUACAUUAACCCGUUCCUGGCCAACGUCAGCACAAAGCCCGAUGGAUUCCGUUCCAACCUCUACGAGGAAGCCACUGGCUUUGGCUACAUGAUCCAAAACUCCACCACCAACGACACUUCCGUCAUCUCCAGUGGCCCUGGUCUUGACGCUGGUAUCCUCGACCUCACCAACCCCGCCGGUCGAGCUUGGUUCAAGGAAGUCCUGCUCGAUCAAGUCUGGAACGCCAACAUCUCCGGCUUCAUGACUGACUUCGGCGAGUACACUCCCAUCUACAAGGACACUCGCUUUGCCAACAAGAGCAUCGACCCCUUCUUCUACCAUAACGCCUACCCCCGCGAGUGGGCUGCCCUCCACCAGUGGAUCGGCAAGAAUGUUUCCCAGUUCACUGACUCUAUCCUCUUCCACCGCUCCUCGGCCAUGGCCUCCAACCGCUACAUGAACCUCUACUGGGCCGGUGACCAGGAUACCAACUGGGGCGUCAACGACGGCAUCAAGUCCUCCAUCACUGUCAUGGGCCACAUGGGUUUGUCAGGAUAUGCCCACGGCCACACCGAGAUCGGUGGAUACACCACCACAUGGGACAGCAACGGUGUCGUGAACCGCUCCUCCGAGCUCCUCGGUCGCUGGGGCGAGCUUUCCGCCGUCUCCAGCGCUGUCUUCCGAACCCACGAAGGCAACGUCCCCCAGGUCAACGCACAGUUCUACUCCAACUCCACCACCUACUCCUGGUUCAGCUAUAACGCGCGCAUGUUCGCCAGUCUGGCUACUUACCGCCGUCGUAUCUUGGAUACCGAGAGCAAGAACUUGGGAUGGCCUUUGCUCCGCAUGCCGGUCAUUUACCACCCCACUGACCCUGUCGCCAAGGCCAUCAGCUAUGAAAGCUUCUACCUCGGCUCGGACUUGUACGUUGCCCCCGUCCUGGACCCCGGUCGCACCAGUGUCAAGGUUUACUUCCCUGGCAAGAACCAGACCUUCACUCAUGUGUGGUCUGGAAAGAAGUACCACGGUGGUUCAACUGCUCGUGUUUCUGCCCCUUACGGAAAGCCUGCUGUCUUUGUCGUCGGCACUCCCAAGAACAACGAUCUCGAUGAGUUCCUGCAAUUCGUUCGGCAGGAGAACAGCACCGUCAUCCACUUUUAG